ACGCAGCCCCAGUCCCGCCAGUCAGCCAACACAGUAGUGCCGUCCUCCCCUCCUCCCCUGGCCCUCCCCCCUCCCCGCCUUUGGCUCGCUCCGCCUUUCUGCCCCCCACCCCCACCUCUCGGGCACGGGCCAUUCCCGGCCAGGAAACGCCGUGGCGCCGCGUUGGGCCUAACUCGAGUCCUGCUGCCUCCCGGGAGUGCCGUGCGCCGCAGCCCGGGCCCGGGCCCCGGCAGCGCCUGGGACAAGGUGAAGAGAGACAAGUCGUUGAGCCUUGGAUGGCUGCUUGCAAGCUCUUAAGACCCCAGGCCACUUCACAUUGAACUAGGAAGUGGAACAGAGGCACUAAAUACAUUAUUACGCCAGUUAACUGGUCUUCAGAGCUACUGGCGGAUAGUUGUUGGGACUUCAUAUUCAAAGGUCUAUAAAAAGGAUUCCUCAUGUCCGUAACAUGGUGGUCGAGGCUCUGCAGCUCACCCCCACUCUCAGAGUGGUCUGUCUCCAUUAAUUGGACCCCGUGAUUUUCACUCUCUGCUGUGUUGGACGUCAUGAGCAUUGCAGUCCCUCUGGGAGUCACCACACCAGAUACAUCCUACUCAGAUAUGGCUGCUGGAUCAGAGUAAGUGCUGCUUCCUAGAUAGUAGGUUCUAUGUCAGUUUGUUUGGAGACAACUUUCUUAUGGAUAUCUAAUAAUAAAUAUGUAGUAACCAAAGUCUCUCCCACUGGAAAUUGUAAAUGACGUUAGGCCUUUCCCUUUUCCCUCAUAGAAACUGGAGAAAAAAGGAGUUAGAAGGGGGAGGAAAAGUGAUUUUGGGGAGGGUUUUCUGAGUAAAUGAUUAAUAGGAAUUAAAUUUGCAAAGUAAUGAUUACAUUUUUAUUUGUUUUUGAAGGGUAAGGAAGGCGGGUGUCACUACCUGCUUCUGUAGAGUUAAUGAUUACCCUGAUGGAGGGAGAUAAGGAGGUGUGUUCUGUCCAACUGAUUUUCCUUGAAGGCCUCUUCCUAUGUACUUUCAAUUGUGUAGAAUAAAGGGGCUUAAACUUUAUGUGGGCAGGUUACUUAGACCAUCUAACAUUUGGGGUAGAAAACAUGGAGAGCAGUGUCAUAUGUUCUUUUAUAAUAUUCCUUGCCUAGAAAGAGGACCUUCAAAAUCAGUGGUACUAAACUUUUUUUUCAGCAAAGAGCAGCUUUAGGAAUUCAGAGUUUGUCGAAAAGCCCAACCCCUAAAAUAGACUCAAUUCUUGAAGAAUUUAAAUGCCAAAUGGCAAUGAAGGUAGGCCUUCAUUAUACAACUUUAUAUAUUAUUCACAGUUUUUAAAUUUUUAGCCUUUUGUAUCCCUUCUCUUUUAAGUUGUCCGAGAUUGCCCCUGCUCACAGAUUCCCCUCUUGUCCUUUUACCUCCCUUGUACCCAAUCUUCCUUGCUUACAGAAAGGAAGUGGAAGCCCCCUACCUUUCAAGACGAAGUGACACUACACCAGGAUGUGAAAGUCCAGCGAAAGAGACCCAAGGGGCCUAGGGGGCAGCACACCCCCAGAAGCCAAGUCUAUUCCAGGCAGUACCAGGGAUUAGGGUCUGGUCUGGAAAAAUCCUGGUGUUUUGAAUAUGUUCAGGUCCAGUUCAGACUCUUGAUCCCACAGCCACUUCUUGAGUGAGGUGGGUGUUGCUCUAAUUCCCCCUGUUUCUCUUGCCAAUUUUACAGCCCCUGGGGAUUCUUUUCCCUUCAUCAAAGCAACUGUACCAGAACUCUGGGUUCAACUGCAUCCCUGAUUAAUAGUGGUUUUCUCCCUUAAAACUGCAAAUAUUAUUAAAGAGCAUGUAUAUUUCUUCACAGAGCCACCUGAGAUAAGUUAUCUGUUUACUGAGUGUCUUAAAGAGGAAGAUUUAAAAUAAAGCUACCCUAGGAAGUAGUAUAUUAUAUUCUAGGGUAGUCUAGAAUUAAAAGCAGUUUUUGGGCUUAUUCACAUGUAAAAAGGACAGAGGGUGGGGAGUGGGGAAUGGUGGGUUGUAUUCUUGCCAGGGCUUUUUUCUUGUUCGUUUUUUGCAUGCCAAAGAGAUUUAGUUAUGCCACAAGAUUUGAGACUUCGAAUUUUAGAACCAUUUCCCAAGUAAAGGACUUAAAAAUCUUCCGGCAUUAUUCGGUAGGCCAGUCAUAUAGUAACUGUUUAUAGAUUCUUAUAAAGUCAGCUACUAACCUCCCACUAUAUGGAUUGAUUAACAAACUAUGUAGCAGACAACAUUAAUAUUUAAGAUAAAUUUUAACAAUGACAUUAAACUAAUGCAUUUUGGAUUAGUAGAUAAGAAAAAGACUUAAAGCAGUUACUCUUCUUAAAACCAGUAUUUUCCCCGGGCUAUAGAGAUAACUGCCUAUAAAUUUUGCUAGGGAGGCCAGAAAUACUUCUGGCCUAAAAAUUUGACAAUACUACUUCUGUUAACUUCAGCAUAUCCUAGGAUUUCCUGAAACAUUUUCAUCUAUAAUCUCCAGACAAGUUCCUGAUCCUAAUUCAUUUAUUAUUUCUACAAAACAAUAGAAUAUCAACAAUUAGCCCGUGUACCAUUCUCUUGUUACUGAGAUUUGUUAAUGCUUCAUCACGUAGUAUGCCACUUUUCUAGGUGCUCUUAAAACUAAACCUCGUAUUAAGGGCACCCUCCACAACCAAGUGAAAAACCUAGACCUUACCUCAUGGGAUUUUAAAUCUAAUGGCGACAUUGUGCUUAGGCGUUUUUUGUAUAUUUUUAGGAAAACCUAUAGAUGUAACAGUAGAAGCAAAAAUUUUUUGAAUUUACUACUCUGGCAUAACAGAAUCUCAGACAUUUUCCAAGAUGUGGCAUUAUAGCAGUAGGCUGUAUAUUGUACUUAGAACACGAUUGAUGGAGUGUAUCUGUUGUAAGCAUGACUUCUGUGUAUUUGUCCAGCUAUCAUAGUAAUUCAGACACAGGAAAAGAAAGGCUGUAAUUACAUUUGCAUAAAAUGGUUGGCUAAUAAAAAGAUGCAGCCCUAACACUCCAAAUUUUUGAUUCAUAUUUUAAAAUAUAGGUAAGAGGAUUUCCUGUAGUUACUUGUCAAUGUGUAGCUAUUGUAUUUGAUCAGUGACUGGUAUAGAAAUUUCAGAGUUUCUUCAUCAAGAGAUACGAGCUAAAAUUUUAACAUGUGACAUGCAUGGCAAUAUAUUAAAUGCUGUGCUCAACUAGAAAGUAUGGUGCAAUGGGAUGGCCUGUUAACCUCCACAAUAUACAUUUUAUUUUUAUUCCCUAGACUUGCACAUGAAGUGCAUGUGUUCAUAUUAACCCAGUUUUGGAGAUGGGUAAGAUACAACCAACAUAGCUCCAUCUCCAUGGCCAUCUUUAAUUUCAUGCAACUUUCCUUUCUCUGGUCUCCCCCCCAAAAAAAUCAUUUUAAUAACUGCUGUCAUGUUUCACCCCAUGUGUUUAGUGGUACAAAAGCGCCCAUGUAAAAUAUGUACAGCUUUUUGUAAUACUUGUUAAAUGUAUCUAGUAAAUUAACAAUGUAUAAAAUUACUUUUUCUUAACUGUCCAUCAUAGAAACUAAAUUCUGCCUUCAUUUUAUUAAUGCUUGUCUGCCUUUGGUUUCAUUUAGGAAACCCCACCUGUUUCCUAAUAUUCAGAACUGUUUGCCUCUCAGUGAGCCAUGUUCAGAUCAUCUUUUUCUCAAGAAUACUGACCUGCAUUCUUGAUGUAUGCCCCCCCCGCCCUGUCCACCACCACCUCCCCAGUUCCCAUCUUGCAAACACUCUUUGAGUAAUAAAAUGCAUGCACUUCACUAACAGAAAAUACUUUCCUGUGUCUAAAGUUCUUCUUCACCUAGAAAUUACCUUUGCUGUUAUUAAUAAGAUCCCUUCUCACAGUUUUGGAGCAUAUAACUGGGUGAGUUGGAUACAUAUCUUAGACCUUUCUUUUAUCCCUCACUUCUCAACUAACAUUGAACUGCACACUUUAUCCCUGCCAAGUAGUGUAUAUUGUAUAUCCCAAGCAGGAAAAAGUGUUUAUUACUUGAAGCAAGCAGUAUGCAUUAUUUGAUUCCCUUAAAAAAAAAAAAACUCAUUGUUCUCUUUUAAGGUUGAGGUAUGCUAGUCCUUGGAGUUUCUAAUUUCUGAAUCUCUAUUCUGGUUAAUUUGAAUAUUAUUUAGUUCUGAAAAGUUGCAUAGUUGCAUUCCUUAAUUAUCCUUCAGAAUUCCCCAAAACAACCAGAUAAUAAUCAGAGUUGAAAUUAUAUUUCUCAAAAACUUGGAUUUGUCCUUCGCCGCCUAAGCCUUUUUAUCAUCUAGUGAAGGCUUACAUUCCAUUUCUAAAUUUUCUAAGUUUGAAUAUGUUUAUAAUCCUUUUAUAAUAAUAAAUUGUUUGAACAGUUUAUUUUCCACUCAGUGAAGGUACAAAAAGAUAUUAAAUCAAGCUUUUCACUAAACCUGGUGACUAAAGUCUCAUGAUUUUUUUUAAAGGUAGAAUGUUCUUAAAAUUUCCAGACCAAGAGGCACAGUGGAAAGAGCACAGGCUUUGGAGUUAGACAAAUAUGGUUUCAAAUACUGGCUCUAUCAGUGUAUGACCUUGGAGUAGUCACUGAAUCUCACAACCUCAGUUUUCCCUUUUGUAACAAUGGGUUGGUAUUUACAAUGUUUAGGGGCUGCAGAGAUGAAAUCAAUCAAUGUACAUAAAGCACCUAGCAAAUAGUGGACAAUUAAAAAUGGUAACUGCUACUACUGUUACUUAUCACCAGACCAACAUAAAUUCCAAGUAUGGUUUUGAUUAUUUUGGAGUACUGUGGUAUUAUCAUGCAGCUGUGAAAUAAUCAUGUCCUUGAUAUGCUUGCAUGUCAUUGGUGGAUGAGAAAUUAUUACUCUAAUUUUCGAAAGGUGUUUGGGGGUUCGUCAAGAUAAGAGGUAUGAUAAAUAUAAGAUGCCAUUGUUUUUACCUGUACUUUCUUCAGGAUAUCCUGUCUUGGUAGUGAAUGGAAGAGGGCCUGGUCCCUGGGGCAGUACAGAAGGCACUUUCAUCAUCUCACUCACUGCAAAUGUCAUGUGAGGUUUCAUGGAAGUAUUAAGAGAUCCAAUUAAGAAGAAUAGUUCUGAGUCUAAACCAGCCCAGAGUGGCUUCUCUAGGGGAAACUCCCCGCUCAGCUGCCCUGAAUCUGUGGAGGCUAGUCCAGCAGUUAAUGAGAAGAGCGUGUAUUCCACUCAUAAUUAUGGGACCACUCAGAGGCAUGGGUGUCGAGGACUGCCUUAUGCUGAUCAUAAUUACGGAGCCCCUCCUCCUCCGACACCUCCUGCUUCUCCCCCUGUCCAGACGAUCAUCCCUCGUUCUGACCUGAAUGGCCUGCCGUCGCCCGUAGAAGAACGCUGUGGAGACAGCCCGAACUCUGAAGGAGAGACUGUUCCUACCUGGUGUCCUUGUGGUCUUUCUCAGGAUGGCUUCCUUCUCAACUGUGACAAGUGCAGGGGAAUGAGCAGGGGGAAGGUUAUUAGACUUCAUCGGCGGAAGCAGGACAACAUAUCAGGUGGGGAUAGCAGUGCAACGGAAAGCUGGGAUGAGGAGCUUUCUCCUUCCACUGUGUUGUAUACAGCAACACAGCACACACCUACAAGCAUCACCUUAACUGUUAAUCGGGUUAGGAGAACGAAACCCAAGAAGCGGAAAAAGAGUCCAGAAAAGGGUCGUGCAGCACCAAAGACGAAAAAAAUCAAGGCAUUUCGAGAGGGAUCCCGGAAGUCCUUGCGGAUGAAGAAUUCUCCCUCUGAAGCACAGAAUUUAGAUGAGAAUACAACUGAGGGCUGGGAAAAUCGGAUAAGACUAUGGACUGAUCAGUAUGAAGAAGCUUUCACUAAUCAGUACAGUGCAGAUGUACAAAACGCCCUUGAACAACAUCUACAUUCUGGCAAGGAAUUUGUGGGCAAACCUGCCAUUUUAGACACUAUUAAUAAAACUGAAUUGGCCUGUAAUAAUACAGUUAUUGGUUCCCAAAUGCAGCUACAGCUGGGAAGAGUCACUCGUGUUCAAAAGCACCGAAAGAUCCUGAGGGCUGCAAGAGAUUUGGCUUUGGACACUCUUAUAAUAGAGUAUCGAGGGAAAGUCAUGUUACGACAGCAAUUUGAGGUCAAUGGGCAUUUCUUCAAAAAACCAUACCCCUUUGUGCUCUUCUACUCAAAAUUCAAUGGUGUAGAGAUGUGUGUGGAUGCCCGAACUUUCGGUAAUGAUGCUCGAUUCAUCAGAAGAUCUUGUACACCAAAUGCAGAGGUACGGCACAUGAUCGCAGAUGGAAUGAUUCACCUGUGUAUCUACGCCGUGUCUGCCAUUACCAAGGAUGCAGAGGUCACCAUAGCGUUUGAUUAUGAGUACAGUAACUGCAGUAAUUAUAAAGUGGACUGUGCAUGUCACAAGGGGAACCGGAAUUGCCCUAUACAGAAAAGGAAUCCCAAUGCUGCAGAACAGCCACUCCCACUUCCUCCAAGCCUACCCACCAUUGGAGCAGAGACCAGGCGUAGAAAAGCACGACGAAAAGAGCUAGAGAUGGAGCAGCAGAAUGAGGCUCCAGAGGAGAAUAAUGACCAGCAACCAGAAGAAGUUCCAGAAAAAGUAAAUGUAUCCAGUGAUCAUGAGGAAAUAGACAAUCCAGAAGAAAAACCAGAAGAAGAGAAAGAAGAGGUUGUAGAUGACCAGGAGAACCCAGCUCAUAGCAGAAGGACGCGGGAAGAUAGGAAGGUUGAAGCCAUUAUGCAUGCUUUUGAAAACUUAGAAAAAAGAAGGAAACGGCGGGAUCAGACCUUGGAGCAGAGCAACUCUGACAUAGAGAUUGCUACCAACACCUCUGAGACUCCUGUGGUAGACGAGACAAAAACUGAAGCCUCUGAAUCUGAAGUUAGCAACCCAGCUUCAAAUGUUGCCGUCCCAAGCACCCCACAGAGUGUUGGUGUGAACACCCGGAGGUCUUCCCAGGCAGGGGAUAUUGCUGUAGAAAAACCAAUUCCUAAACCACCUCCAGCAAAGCCUUCUAGGCCUCGACCGAAGAGUCGAAUUUCUCGGUACCGGACCAGUUCAGCCCAAAGACUAAAGCGUCAGAAGCAGGCCAAUGCACAGCAGGCAGAGUUGUCACAAACUGCCCUGGAAGAGGGAGGAAAUAACAGCUUAGUAACUCCUACUGAAGCUGGAAGUGUAGACAAUUUAGGAGAAAACAGGCAAUUAACAGGGUCUGACCCAGCAGUGGUAUCGGUUGUUGGAUCCCAUGUCAACCGGGCUGCAUCGAAGUACCCUAAAACCAAAAAGUAUCUAGUUACAGAAUGGUUGAAUGACAAAGCAGAGAAGCAAGAAUGUCCUGUUGAGUGCCCUUUACGUAUCACCACGGACCCAACUGUGCUGGCAACGACUCUGAACAUGUUACCUGGUCUUAUCCAUUCCCCAUUAAUUUGCACCACUCCCAAACACUACAUUCGUUUUGGUUCACCCUUUAUCCCUGAGAGGCGCCGAAGGCCCCUUCUGCCUGAUGGCACGUUCAGCUCUUGUAAGAAGCGCUGGAUAAAGCAAGCCUUGGAAGAAGGGAUGACUCAAACAUCAUCCGUACCCCAGGAGACUAGAACUCAGCACCUAUACCAAAGUAAUGAGAACAGUAAUGCUUCUAGCAUCUGCAAAGACAAUGCAGACUUGUUGAGCCCAUUAAAGAAAUGGAAGUCUCGCUAUCUGAUGGAACAGAAUGUCACCAAAUUACUGCGGCCUUUAUCCCCAGUCACACCACCCCCUCCCAAUCCAGGAUCAAAGAGCCCCCAGCUGACCACACCUGGUCCAUCUCAUCCAGGAGAAGAGGAUUGUCGAAAUGGAUACAGCCUCAUGUUCUCACCAAUCACGUCUCUUACUACUGCUAGUCGCUGUAAUACUCCUCUGCAGUUUGAGAACAUAUCCUCCCCUGAGAGUUCCCCUGCGCAUAGGCCUGAGUCCCUGUCACCCGAGCUUUGUCACCGAAAAGAUACGGAUUUGACAAAAGUAGGAUACCUUGACGCCAACACUAACAACUGUGCUGACAGACCUUCUCAGCUUAACUCAGGUCAUUCUGACCUGGCUCCUCAUCCCUCCAUUGGGCCCAACUCUGAGUCUGGCUUCCCAAGCAGGAGUGGAGAUGGACAUCAGACCCUUGUAAGAAACUCGGACCAGGCAUUUCGGACAGAGUUUAACUUAAUGUAUGCCUACUCCCCUUUGAACGCUAUGCCUCGAGCAGAUGGAUUAUAUCGAGGGUCUCCCCUAGUAGGGGAUAGGAAGCCUUUACACUUGGAUGGGGGAUAUUGUUCCCCUGCAGAAGGGUUUCCCAGCAGAUAUGAACAUGGAAUUAUGAAAGACCUUUCUCGUGGAUCCAUGUCACCUGGUGGUGAAAGGGCCUGUGAAGGACUCCCAUCUGCCCCACAGAACCCACCACAGAGGAAAAAGGUAUCUCUGCUGGAGUACCGCAAACGAAAACAAGAAGCCAAGGAGUCUGCUGGUGGGGGAACUGACUCUAUACAGAGCAAAAGCAAGUCUGGAGGAGCUGGGCAAGGCAGCAGUAACUCAGUGUCUGACACUGGUGGCCACGGUGUACAGGGAUCCUCAGCCCGAGCCCCAUCUUCCCCUCACAAAAAAUUCUCCCCAUCUCAUUCCUCUGUGUCCCAUCUGGAGGCGGUAAGCCCAUCAGAUUCCAGAGGCACUUCUUCGUCCCACUGCAGACCUCAAGAGAAUAUCAGCAGUAGGUGGAUGGUUCCCACGUCAGUAGAACGGCUCCGAGAAGGAGGGAGCAUACCCAAGGUCCUCCGGAGCAGUGUGAGGGUGGCCCAAAAAGGAGAGCCCUCUCCCACAUGGGAGAGUAGCACCACAGAGAAAGACUCAGACCCUGUGGAUGGAGAAGGUCCAGAGACAUUGAGCUCGGCACUCUCUAAAGGAGCAACUGUUUACAGCCCUUCUAGAUACAGCUACCAGCUCCUGCAGUGUGAUAGUCCACGGACAGAAUCACAAAGCCUCCUUCAGCAGAGUUCCUCUCCCUUUAGAGGACACCCCACCCAAUCUCCAGGAUACAGUUAUCGAACUACUGCACUGAGACCUGGAAACCCCCCCUCUCAUGGUUCUUCAGAAUCAUCCCUCUCUUCUGUGUCCUAUUCCAGCCCCGCCCACCCUGUGUCCACAGACUCGUUGGCCCCAUUUACGGGGACACCAGGGUAUUAUAGCAGCCAGCCACAUUCUGGAAACAGCACUGGUAGCAGUCUUCCACGGAGGAGCUGCCCUUCUAGUGCUGCUAGCCCUCCCCCACAGGGCCCAUCAGACUCGCCAACCUCAGACUCGGUUUCUCAGUCCAGCACAGGAACUCUGAGUUCCACCUCCUUUCCUCAGAACUCUAGGUCAUCAUUGCCAUCAGACUUACGGACUAUCAGUCUGCCCAGUGCUGGGCAGUCAGCUGCCUACCAGGCCUCCAGGGUAUCCGCGGUUUCCAAUUCACAGCACUACCCACACCGUGGGAGUGGGGGUGUGCACCAGUAUCGACUCCAGCCGCUGCAAGGGUCAGGAGUCAAGACUCAGACAGGACUUUCCUAGGGCUUCUGGAUUUGGGCAAAUAGAACUGAAUGAGCCCAUAGCUGCUUCCUUCCAGCUGCCUCUGGAUCCUAGGCCGAGCAUAUUGCUGGGGAAGGGAGGUACAAGGUGCCAGAGGAUUGGGUCUGGUCAACAAGAAACAAGACUUGUGGUCGCGACUGGCCUCUGGCCUUGGAGAAAGAUGUAAAUCUUGUCUAAAGCAGAGACUAUAAAGAAGUUUCUCCCUGCUGUUAAGGGUACAUUGUUGACAAGCAAAUGGUGUUUUGGUUAGUAACGGUUCUAAGUGCAAUGAGUUGUGUUGAAGCCUCCAUCUCCCGACCUUGCCCAUAGCCUGUAGUCACUUGUGCAGUGAAGGCAUCUUUUUAAGUUAAAAAAAAAAAUCUUUUCAAAGGAAGAGAGUGAAAAGAGCCAGUCUCAAAGCCCCAAGCCAUCUGAGUAGUGUUAGGGUUUUAUGCACUUACGAAAAAAGGUAGGUAUGUAAAUGUUCACCCUAAGACAACCAUUCCAAAAGGAGAUAUCUGGCCAAGGUGUGUCCACCAAGAAUAUUUCCUAUCAUUGUCUUAAAAUCACUAAGAUACAGCGAAGCUUGGAACAUGCUGUGAUUGAGGGGUGCCUGGCUUUCUGAAAAAGAGCUGAUGGUCAACUCUUGAUUAUUCAGGAGCAGAUUAUCCUAGUAGAUUGUCUGAGUCUCCAGCUGUUACCAUCCUACUCCCCCUUCUCGAGCUCUUCCGCAGCUCAGUAACCUGUAACGUAGGUAGGCAAAGAAAAGAUGAAUGUUAAGUGAGAUGGGCCAAAUGCAUUGCUACUUUCCAACCUUUGGUAAUAAAUUUGAUUAGGAAGGAUUCCAAGUGGUUUGGGAAUUGAGUUUUAUUUUUUCUACUCCCGUUUAAUCAGGAGUUGAUCCAUGAGUAGGACCGUCUCCACAAUUGGGGAGCAUGCACUCGUGACUGCAGGGUAAGAAUGGAAAAAUGUUUGUGGAGUGGCACCGACAGGACUGCGAUUGUGUGUGGGCAUGUCCCACAUUUCUUCUGGGGGAUAUUUGCUCUUCAUUAUUUGAGAGUGGGCAAGGUGAGAGUUAGAAAGCCACCCACACACGUAACACUGUUCUGGACGAGAGAUGAGAACAGAUUGGCUUCUCCCCGUCAGUGCAUUGUGCCUGUUGUACACCCCUGGAGGAGCCCUGGAGCCAGUCCAGGUGGGGUACACAAUCUUUUUAAAUUCCAUACAGUUGCCAGCUUAUUUCUUUCACUUGUUUACUGUAAUAUCCGGCGUGUUUUUAUUUAUCUAAUUUUGUAUUCAGUUAUAACCAUGGUAGGGGUAGUGAAUAUAUGACAGGUGUAAUCCCUGGUGCUGCAGUGGACCUUACUUCUUUUCUUUUGGACAAGAUAAUACUGUGAGUCUCCCUUCCUUCCCUCUAAUUUUUUUUUCUCCUUUUUUUCCCCAGCCACUUGCGUCCCCUUCCUUUCUACCCCCUCCUACAACUAUCAUAUGCACAGUCUUCUCUCUUUGUGUGUGACUGUUACAAAAUUUCACUUUUUCAAAAUUGAAAUCAGGUGUUUGCUCAAAUGAGGGGAUUUUUUUUGUUGUUGUUGUUGUUUUUUAAUGCUGAGACCUCAGCAGAGUACUUUCUUUUUGUUGUUUCCCCCACAAACCCAUCAGUCUGGGAGAGCGCUGGGAGUGGAAAUCAUGUUGCCUGGGAUGCUGGUUUCUUUGUAUAUUAUAUAAAACGUAUGUAAAUGUCUCUCCAUUUGGGCUGGGGUUUGCAUUCUCCCUUUGGCUGUCAACCAAGGGGAGAGGCCAGCGGGCAGGCGGCCCUCACCCUGCCUGGCACGUGCAGAGACCCCAGCCACUCUGUGUGGGCAGGGUGCUGUCAAGACCAGACCUCUUG